AUGCUCUUAUUUACUGGAUUAACAAGAAGAGAAUCUCGACAAAUGAAAGUUACUCCAAUCGAUUCGUCGAUUUAUUACGAUUUGAAAGAUAAGUAUGAUGAUAUGCUUUCAUGUCCAUGUUCAAACGUAACCAUACCUUAUGAAGAUUUUGUAAACAAUCCAAUCACAUUUCAUCCUGUUUGUUCAAGCAUGUUUAUCACUGAGCAAUGGUUUGCAGCAUUGUAUUCAACAGAUGCAAGUAAACAUGGUGUAGCCGAUUUUCGAACAACGGCUAGUCAUCAGGUUAGUUAUUUUCAUUUCGAAUGA